AUGACGUACCAGCUCCCGCCGAUGCUGCUGAACCUGUUCGCCCCGCGCCCGCCGCUGCGCUGGGUAGAGCCGAGCGACCACGCGCCGGAGAAGCGCUGCACGCCCAAGAUCUCGGGCGUCGGCCAGUACCUGCAGGCGAUGCGCGAGUACAAGGACGCCGACGGCUACGUGCCGACCGACAGCUGGCUGCAGAAGCGCGACCGCAAGAAGAUUGAGAAAAAGGAGAAGCGGGAGAAGCUGCUCACCGAGGGCAUCAACGAUUACAAGCCCAGCGAAGACCCAAAGGUCCAGGGCGACGCCUUCAAGACGCUCUUCGUCUCGCGCCUCGCGUACGGCGCUACUUCUGACGACCUCGAGCGCGAGUUCGGCCGCUACGGCCCCAUUGAGCGCAUCCGAAUCGUCGAGGACACCACCGCGCCGCCUGACGCGCCGCCCAAGAAGAAGAAGCGCGGCUAUGCUUUCAUCGUGUACGAGCGCGAGAAGGACAUGAAGGCCGCCUACAAGGAGACCGACGGCAUCAAGAUCAAGGACCGCCGUGUGCUCGUCGACGUCGAGCGCGGCCGCACCGUCUCUGGCUGGCGCCCGCGUCGCUUUGGUGGAGGUCUCGGCGGUCGAGGCUACACCAAGGGCCCUGCUGCGCGUCCCUCUGGCCCAGGCGGCUUCGGUGCGCCCGCUGGACCUGGCGGCUUCGGAGGCCGUGGCGGUGGUUUCGGUGGUGGCUUCGGCGGUCGUGGAGGCGGUCGCGGUGGCUUUGGCGGCGGCGACCGUGGAGGCUUCCGAGGCGGCUUUGGCGGCGACCGCGGCGGUGGUCGAGGUGGAUUCGGUGCCAGUCGCGGAGGCAUUGGAUACCAAGGCUCGAACGGCUACGGCCCGCCCGACGGUGCUCCUGCCGGUCCUCGAGGGCCACGAGGUGGGUUUGGCGGUGAGCGUGGUGAGCGCGGUAGCCAUGGCGGCGACCGCGGCGGCGAUCGCUACGGCGGUGGUGACAGGCGCGGAGGAGGCGAUCGAGGAUCCAGCGGCGCUAACAACGAACCGCUCGGCAGAGACCGAUACAACGACCGCGACCGCGGCGGCCGCGACAGCUACAGUGGCCGCGACGACUCGCGCAAGCGUGCGUACGAGGGCGACAGCUACGAUGACAGGAGCCAGCGCAGGAGGUACUAG